ACUGUCGUGCGGUUGUGUGCGGCCCUUCUAGGACGAUAUGUUAAUAGUCUGGCACCCAGCNNUUCGUCCAUUUUGGUCUGUGGCAAACAGCUCACAAUGGGUACCGUACAGGGCCCGGAAGUGGGCGUUAACAAACCGAUGAGUCCGAACCAGCUGUACGCCCUGUUGCGGGAAGCUGUGUUUUCAGCAGAUCCCAUCCAAGUUUCCCUUCAACAGGAAUUAAUCCUCGUGAUUUCCGCACUACUCAACAAGGAUAAGUCCCUAUUCAAAGGUAUCGCUGUUAUCCGCCUCGGUUCUACUGCUCUACCACCUUACUCUCCUCCUCAUCCCUCCUUUUCCGGUGUAUUUAUGAAUUUUCCUAGUAUAAUUUUCAUCACCCCGCCUCCGCUACCGGAACAUUAG